CAAAAGACAAAGUACAUAGAAGAAGAAACUUCUUGUCACGCCUCUCUUACCCCUUCCCUUGUGGUCCAAUAAAACCCUAAUUUUCUUUUCUUUCUUUUAUCCAUUGUAUUAGAUCCUAUAUCUUUCUUCCUUAUAGACCAUCUCUCAUGUCUUCUUAUAUAUAUUAAGAUAUUCACAAGAACUACAAAAGAAAGAAAGGAGAUGGAGUGGUCAACAACGAGCAACGUAGAAAACGUGAGAGUAGCUUUCAUGCCACCGCCAUGGCCGGAGUCUAGUUCCUUUAACUCGCUCCACAGCUUCAACUUUGAUCCUUACGCAGGAAAUUCAUAUACGCCUGGCGAUACACAAACCGGACCGGUUAUCUCUGUACCGGAAUCAGAAAAGAUCAUGAAUGCGUACCGAUUUCCGAACAACAACAAUGAGAUGAUAAAAAAGAAGAGACUAACGAGUGGACAAUUAGCUUCACUUGAGCGAAGUUUUCAAGAAGAGAUCAAAUUAGAUUCAGACAGGAAGGUGAAGCUGUCGAGAGAGCUCGGUCUGCAGCCACGUCAGAUAGCAGUUUGGUUCCAAAACCGCCGUGCACGGUGGAAGGCGAAGCAGCUUGAGCAGUUGUACGACUCGCUUAGACAAGAGUACGACGUCGUUUCUAGGGAGAAACAAAUGUUACACGAUGAGGUUUGUGUAUUAUAUUGCACAAAAUUAAAAUCAUGGGAUCUAAUUACAUAUUAUCGUUUUCUUAAUUUAUCCCUUAAAGUCUUGAUUCUAUCAGAUUGCCCCCCUUAAAAAAUUGGAUUGGUGGUGCAGGUGAAGAAGCUGAGAGCUUUACUAAGAGACCAGGGUUUGAUCAAGAAGCAAAUCUCUGCCGGGACCAUCAAAGUUUCCGGUGAGGAAGACACGGUGGAGAUUUCAUCGGUGGUGGUAGCUCAUCCAAGAACGGAGAAUAUGAACGCAAAUCAAAUCACCGGAGGGAAUCAAGUUUACGGUCAAUACAACAAUCCGAUGCUGGUUGCUUCCUCUGGCUGGCCGUCAUACCCCUGAUAGAUGUUGCUGAUCUCAGAGAGAGGGAAAGAGAAUGAGAGAACGAGAGAAAGAGAGAGAGAGAGAUUGUGUCAAAUAGAGCUUUAGACUAGGACUUUAGUAGUGUUAUAGACUAAGACAAGCUUUCUCUCAUUGUACGAUCUUAAAACAUAAAUGGCACGUUCUUGGAUGCGAGAUUGAGUCUGAAAAUUGUUGAGUUGGUUUUGUUGAACAACUAUACUAUGAACACUCAGAAUUGGCGAAUGU